AUGCACCGCGAGCUCGCUGCUGGUCAGUUAGCUCCGCCGCUGUAAACAGACGGUUUCGGGAGACUGAGCUGAAAAACUCCGGAUGAAUGCGACCAGAACUCUAGCGGACUCCUGAAAACCGCACAAUGUUCAUACAGACUUGGGAGACUUGGAAAGUUUUGGCAUUUCUCUAAAUUACUCAGACUAUUUGAGCGACUUCCAAGAUUAUAUCGCCUUUGAUUUUAACUCACACCUGUCUGCGUGUUAUGUCAUUUAAAGCACUGAGUGAACCUUAUCAGAAUUCAGGUUCGCAAAAGAGGAACCACAACAACCACUGUUUUUUUUUUUCUUCAAAGUUGGACAACAAGGUCCUCUCCGGUGUCCAAAAUGACCACCCUGGAGGACACUGACAUGCACACCUUCGGCACUGAACUGCCUGCUAUGUUCGACGGUGUGAAGUUAGCGGCAGUGGCGACUGUCCUCUACAUCAUCGUCCGCUGUCUGAACCUGAAGAGUCCCACAGCGCCGCCGGAGAUCACCUGUCAGGACACGCCGCUCAGCCGCUACCUGCUCAAGUCCUGCCCGAUGUUGACCAAAGAAUACAUUCCUCCCUUGCUGUGGGGUAAGAGCGGUCACCUCCAGACGGCUCUGUACUGCAAAAUGGGACGCGUCAACACCCCGACGCCCUGCGGGGUCCGCAAGUUCCUCCCAAUGCACGACGGGGCCACAGCUAGCUUUGACAUCUUUGAGGCACGCGGAGAACACAGCACAGGAGAUGACAUCACCAUGGUGAUCUGCCCUGGGAUCGGUAACCACAGCGAGAAGAACUACAUCCGGACCUUUGUGGAUUACUCCCAGCGGCAGGGUUACCGCUGUGCCGUCCUCAACCACCUGGGAGCCCUGCCCGACGUGGAGCUCACCUCGCCUCGCAUGUUCACCUACGGAUGCACGUGGGAGUAUGCGGCCAUGGUGGGCUACAUCAAACGAGCCUUUCCCCAGACCUCGCUGGUGGUUGUGGGCUUCAGUCUGGGGGGAAACAUUGUCCUUAAGUUCCUCGGUGAGAACCGCUCCAAUCAGGACCGAGUGCUCUGCUGUGUGAGCGUCUGUCAGGGAUACAGCGCCCUCAGGGCCCAGGAAACAUUCCUUCAGUGGGAUCAGUGCCGGAGAUUAUACAACUUUGUGUUGGCGGAUAAAAUGAGGAAGCUCAUCCUGUCACACAGGAACAAUCUGCUGAGACUGAACUUCAGCAACAUCGGAGACGCAGACCUGGGCCGGCUGUGUGCAGCCACGUCUCUGAUGCAGAUCGAUGACUGCAUAAUGAGGAAGUUUCACGGCUACAGCUCUGUGACGGAGUACUACGAGAACGAGAGCUGUGUGCGUCACAUCCACAAAGUCACUGUGCCUCUCCUCCUGGUUAACUCCUCAGACGACCCGCUGGUUCAUCAGUCUCUUCUGGCUAUUCCACGCACACUUGCAGAAAAGAUGCCCAACACAACAUUCGCCCUGACCCAACACGGGGGCCACCUGGGCUUCUUUGAGGGAGCCGUGCUGUUCCCCGAGCCACUCACCUGGAUAGACAAGGUCAUCGUGGAGUACACGGACGCCAUCUGCCACUGGGAGAAGAAGCGGCCGGCGUGCCAGAGGAGCAGCCACCCGGGCAUCGACUCCCGCCUGCAGAGCACAGCGUUGACACCCAGUGGGUAGCGAACACACAUGUCAGGAGAGAAAAAAACAAACGACCAAACACAUUAACUCAGCCUUCUGUAUUUUACUCCGCUUCAGUACUAAUGGCCUUACAGUUUAGUGAGCGUUUCUGGUAAACGCAGGGACUCCUUCAACGAGCAGGCUGAGUGGAAACGGGUACACAGAGCUGUUACAUGAAACUCAUUUAAUAUAAUAAUACUGGAAAAUGUAAUAUGACCACCCCCCCCCCCCCCCCCCCAAUUGAGGCUGAAUUGUUCCUUCCUCUUGUUGUCAGCUUAACUCCAACGUAACACGAGUUCACCCUCUGCUGGCUCUUGGCAGCUGUGCUUCUUGAGUCUGGAUGGUGAGGUUAUAUAAGAAGCCAGCGAGGGUCACGCUCCAGGCAUGUGUCCUUUGAACCUGCGUGCAGAAACAGAAUACAAGUGCAUGAACACUCCGAUGUUACAAAAUGUCCCCGUGGACAAUCGGUCUUCAGCCUUCAAAUCUAAACGGUCAUAACUCGUGUUACCUCUCAUUGCCAACAUCGUACACAGUUUUAUUUCCUCUAUGAUGACCUGCUCCUUAUUAUGACCACACAUAAGGACCUUUUUCUAACAGUGCUGGAUACAAUGUACUUGAUAACUCAACAUGGACUGCUUAGCUUUCUAACAAGCUGAUAAGAAAGUGCAAACUGGACAGCGACAGUAAUCACAUUAACUCAGAAAUUUAGUCGCCGACUCUCAGAGUUUAUGCAACUAACGGUUAAGAGGACCAAAGCACUCUAUGUUUUUUUUUUUGUCUGAAGUUGCUCAACUUUGUACUUUUAAUGACGCCGUUUCUGCUGCUGCUGCUAAAACAAUCACAUGGCUUUGGCUUACCUACAGUGGGGAUCUCAUAUAUAUAUAUAUAUAUAUAUAUAUAUAUAUAUAUAUAUUUUACUUGGAACAAGGACUAAUUGAUUGGUUGCACAAGUGACCAAGAUUUUUAUUUUUAAGCUGCUUAUGCCCACAUACCGGUGGGUGGUGUUUGCUACAUAAAUCAAAUGAGUUUAGAGGAAGUAAAGAGAGGGAAAUGUUUGCUACACUCAAGGAGGGGGAAGACCAAUGCAUGCUGGGCGCCGGUAGCCUAGUGGUUAGUUAGGGCGCCCCAUGUACGGAGGCUGGAGUCCUCAAAGCGGGUGGCCCGGGCUCCAAUCUGACCUGUGGCUCCUGUUAUUCCCCACUCUCUCUCUCUCCCUGAUUUCUGACUGUCCCCUGCCCACUUUAAGUAAAAGUAAAAAAUAACCUUAAAAGACAACAAAAGUCCUCCCUUUGUUGUGUCAUCUCAUUAUAUAUCGUAUAUUUCCAUGAGACAUUUGCUGUAAAAGAUCUCAACAAUUGAUGAAACAAGAGGUGAAGUUAAUCUCAUUUUCUUUUGUUUCUCCUUCCUAGCGUCUGUGCUCAUGUUUCACAUGAGUCACUGAUUCAUAUGAGCAACAUCCUAUAAAAACAAAAACUCCACCCAGGGUUCAUGCCUUGGAAAUGAAUCAUCAGAUUUGAUUUAACUGUAACUCUAUCUGCCCUAUAAAAAAAGUACCUUUGAUCUGGAACAACUUUUAUGUUCAUGCUCGUGCAAUAUGUCCCAACUUGAGACAACUUGGCCUGCACUUUACUGACCUUAGAGUUCCCUUUGUUUUGUAUAGCACUGUAGCCUGUGUAACAUUUAGAAUCAUACUGUGUUUUAUUCUGAUGUGAUGACGAGCCAUGUCUGAUUGUCAUCUGAAUCGAUUGUUAAUAAAGGUUUUGUACAUACUC